AUGGCUCCACCACAGAGACGCGAGCGGAUUGUGCCCUGCGUGAAAUGCAGAGUCCAGGCUCGACCUCUCGCUAUUGUCGAUGAAUCCAGAAAGCCAUCAGAAGAUACACCCUCGAAACUAAAGCAUGCAUCAACAGCACCGAUUUCCGAUACCAUUCCUCAAAAUGGAGAAGCAAACAACCAACACGAUGACCAGAUUCACGACCAAAUAACCGUUGCGGCAGAACUGCUGCAGUCCAUCUCACAAAGAGAACACAGUAAUCCAUCCGAGUCCAUCGGCACGUCGAGAGUCCCUACCCAUCAAUCUCGACUCCGAACGAAUCAGUCGCCCCCAAGAGGAGAAACAACCCCUGAAGAUGUUCCUCAAAUAGCGCUUGAAGAUGCCAUUGAUCCCAAUCUCGCUGCUACUCCAGCAGCCUCUUCCACAAUAGAAACCCCAUACUCUGGAUUUUCAGCUCCCAGCCCGUCGGUCCCACGGUCGAUACCAGAUGGAUGGGAUCGAAGGACUCCUGACAUUGGAGGCAGCAGAUUGAGCGUACUCUCUCAGCAAUGGCAACUACCUCUGGGAGAUAACCGCGGACGAUCAUCUUCGGUAUCGAGAAGCCUGGGUGGAGAGCUGCACCUUGGUCUUCAAGAAGGUUGUCUUAUUCGUUGCUUCAUAGAACAUCUGGCUGCAGCUUUUGACACGACUGAUAGGGACCGACAUUACGUUACUGUAGUUCCGCAACGAGCUAUGCAUAAUCCACUGCUGAUGAACGCAAUCUGUACUGCAUCGGCCAGGUUUCUCACACAGAUCUGGUCAAAGAAGCCGCCAAAUCAGGUUAUAGACUUUAAUGGGAUUCCUCUCCCGAAUUUAGACAAAGAGUCGGCGAUACACUAUCACAGCAAGUCCAUCUCCUAUCUGAUGGAUACUUCGACUGAUCCUGCAAACCCGUGUACGGACGAUGCAUUGACUGCGAUUACGAUUCUACGAUAUCAUGAACAAGUAGACACGCACCUUACCGGAACCGAUCACGAAACCUACAUCAAUGCUGUCCAAGCUGUCUUCCAUGCUCAACAGGAGGAGACAAUUGGACUCUUUAGCAUCGUGUAUCACCCUCCCCGCGGUCUCGACAUAUAUGCACCGACUAUGCCCUCUUUACGACAUUCUGCAACUCUAAUUGCCCUCCGCCAAGAAAUAUGGUCUGUUCUUCUCUAUCGAAGACCAUUUCGAUUACCCCUCUACGGAACCGAAGACUGCUCCUUGUUCGAACCUGAUUCCGUUGCCGACGACUUUGACUGGGCGAAUCGUAUUCUGGUCUGGUGCGCAUACGUCGUCAAGUUCUGCUUCGGUGCGAAUUCCGAGGGCACUGUUGAAACUGAAGAUCCGAAAAUAAGAGCCGAUCAAUGGAAAGCCAUCGAGGCCUUUCAGCAUAAUUGGGACACGCACCAGCCACCUCACUUCAAGCCCCUUGCCUACCAAGAGCGAAACCCGGAAAUGGGGGAGUACUUUCCCACAGUAUGGCAUGCCAAUGAUUGUCAGGUGCUGGCCCUCCAGCACAUUGAACUCAUGCGAAUCGUCUUGGCUGUGCACGGGGCCAAGAACAAACGGCUGGGCAUCGGCGCGCAAGCUGCAAACCAGGUGCUGGAGGAGACCCUGAGGGAGUCGACCAGGAAGAUUUGCGGUUUAGCUAUCUCGAAUCGGAAGGAUCAACCAUCAAUGGUCACAGCUGGAGUCGGUGUGUCGUUGUGUGGGGAGUACUUCCGUGACGAAGGGGAACAGAAAGCUGUAGUUAGCUUCAUGGAUAUGCUUGAGACGAUGCAUGCCUGGCCUACGAGCUCAGUGGUAGAUGCUUUGAGGACGGCCUGGAGUACGCACACCAAGGUGUGA